AUGUUUCCCUGUGAAUCCUGUGACGUGAGCUUCUCACAUUCAAGUAGCCUGAGCAGGCAUAGGCGGGUCCACCAAAGGACAGUCAAGUUGUUUAUAUGUGAUGUAUGCAAUAGACGUUUCACAAGGAAAGAAGAUCUCUUUAACCACAGGCUCAGGCUUCAUAAGUUGUCAAGAGAACAUCAGUAUGGUUUUGAAGUUGUCCCAAGCAAGUACUACGUAGAACCGUUGAAGAGAAGGUCCGAGGAGGAGGAGGAGGAGGAGAGUGUAAAAAGGAGGAAAGUAGAAGAUGAGAGAACGAAGGAGAGAGAAGAAGCAGGAAGUGGGAGACGUAAAGAGAUGGAGUUCAAGGAAAGAUGCAACAAGUUCGAUGAGGAGAUGCGAGGAUUGGAGCAGAAGUUGGCUGAGGGAGUGAGGGAGCAUGAGCAGAAGUGUAAGGAGCAGGUGAAGAGGGUUGAUGCGGAGAGAAAGCGAAGGAGGAUGGAAGUGGAAAACAAGAAGGUGGUGGAACAAAGACUGAUACAGGCGGAAGAGGAUUUGGGAGAGGAGCCAGGGGUGUCGAUAGAUUUGGUUGGAUUGCCUGUUUAUUCAGAAUCGCCAACACUAGUUCGUCUAAAGAGAAACCCAAGGCAAGAAAGCAACUUGCAGAGAAUGAUUAGACGAACGAAGGAGACUGAGAAAAGAGAGGAGAGGAAACGGGAGACGAUGAGGAAGGAGUUGAGAGAAGAGUGGGAGAAAGAGCAGAAAGCGAAGGAGAGUGUAGAAGCGAAGGAGAGUGUAGAAGUGGAGGAUGAUGAUGGUGAAUGUGGCGAUAGAGGUGAUGGUUCUGGUGACGAUGAAUGCAGGGAUGGACAGGGUGAUGGCAGUGAGAGCAGUGGUAGUAGUAGUGACAGUGAUGGUAGUAGUGGGGACAGUGAUGGUAUUAGUGGGGACAAUGAUGGUAGUAGUGGGGACAGUGAUGGUAGUAGUGGGGACAGUGAUAGUAGUAGCGGUGAAAGUGAUGGUAAUAGCGGUAGUGAUGAGGACAGUUGUAGUGUAGGGAAUGUUGUAGACAGCAAUUUGAACACUAAGGACGUUGCCUGUCAGGCAAGACUACAAUGGGAUAGACCAGAGACCUCUAAUAGAAAUUGUAUUAUAUUGUAAU